AUGCGCGGAGCAGUCAUUGUUCUUUAUCUUGCCGGUUUUCUGUUAGAAGAAACAGAUGGAAAUGCAACAUAUACAGCGCAACCAAAAAUUAUUGGAGGACAAUCAAUCGACAUAAGAUAUAGACCUUUUAUGCUGUCUUUACAUAAUUCACAUGGAUUUUUGUGCGGCGCCAGUAUAUUAUCGAGAACAUGGGCUAUUACUGCUCUUCAUUGUUUAAUCUCGGUACCGUCGCAAUAUUAUGUACGGGCCGGAUCUAAUAAAAUGGAUAGAGGCGGAUCUGUGCAUAGAGUGACGAACAUUCGCGUAUAUAAUGCUACAUAUCGCUCUUGGUUUUUGAGAUUAUUUCAUCACGACAUCGCACUUCUCGAAGUGAAACCACCAUUUCGUUUUUCGAGAAUAGUCAGGCCAGUUCGUUUACCAAGAUCGAUUCACGAAUUGCCAUUUGAACUGUUAGUCUGUGGUUGGGGAUACAUAAAUGAUAAAAAAGUAAAAAGUGCUGAAACUUUAAUGGGCGUUUACGUUCAGCACGUUUCAUAUAAAACCUGUAUUAAUGUCACAUCUUCAUACGCGACACUCGUCAAAGAUGACUAUCAUUUGUGUUACGGAACCCAAGGAAAAGAUGCUUGUUUUGGAGACUCCGGAGGAGCAUUGGCCAAUGGAAGGACAAUUUACGGUAUUGUGUCUUUUGGUCGUGGUUGUGGAAAAGUGGCUGGCGUUUACGUCAAAGUUUUCUACUAUCGAGAAUGGAUUAAAUCUGUUACAAAUUUAUAAU